AUGGACCUUGCCUAUAGAUAUCAGCUUUUGCCCAUGUCAUUCUCAUGCCUAACUACAACCAUUCUUCUAUUAGGGAGUGUCCUAGCUUUAGUAAAAGAUGGCCGGGACGAGACUGAUCGAUUGGCUUUAUUAGAAUUCAAGGCUCGAAUAGCUGAUCCUAGUGGGGUUUUGAGCUCGUGGAAUGAUUCUAGUGUCACUUGCAAUCGCAAACACCGAAGAGUCACCAUACUAGACCUUGGCUCCAAGAACUUAUCUGGGGUCGUGCCACCCCAUAUUGGUAAUCUGAGCUUUCUGAGGGGCGUCCAUUUGGAGAACAACAGUUUUCAUGCCAAAAUUCCCCCGCAUUUUGGCCGCUUGCUUCGGUUGCAAAAGUUGUCCCUUAAUAACAACUGGUUCAACGGUCAAAUCCCUUCAAAUCUCUCCUAUUGCUCUAAUCUGCUCGUUCUUAACUUAGGCUUCAACAUGCUCAAAGGAAAUUUGCCAAUGGAAAUGGGCUCAUUGUCCAAGCUCCAAGGACUUAUACUUCAAGUCAACAGCUUGAUGGGAAACAUCCCGCCAUCUAUUGGAAACUUAUCAUCUCUUCAAAAGUUCGGAAUAACGCUGAAUAACUUCAGUGGUACGAUCCCGGAGACUCUUGGCCAGCUGAGAAAUCUAAAGAUGCUCACUCUCGCCAAAAAUAAAUUUGUUGGUACAAUUCCUAUCUCAAUCUUCAAUAUAUCCUUGCUGGCAUUGCUUGAUGUAGGUGAAAACCAAUUAGAAGGGGGUUUACCUGGCGACUUAGGCUUCACUCUUCCGAAUAUCGAGUUUAUUAGUACAUGGCACAACCGCCUCACUGGACCCAUUCCUGAGUCAAUAUCCAAUGCCUCUAACCUUGAAAAAAUUCAAAUCGACCAGAACAAUUUUACUGGGAAAGUUCCUUCUUUUUCAAAGAUAAGAGGACUCGAUUGGUUUAAUAUUGCCAACAACAACUUAGGAGGUGAACAAUCUACUGAUUUGGACUUUCUCUGCUCUUUAACCAAUUCCACAAAAUUGAAUUUUUUGAACAUAAGGGAAAAUGCUUUUCAAGGACUAAUACCUGAUUGUAUCGAUAACCUCUCGACCAGCCUCUCCAUGUUUUGGUUAGGAAACAACCAUAUUUUUGGAACCUUACCUUCCGGAAUUGGAAAUCUCAUCAGUUUGGAGUCAUUGGAAAUGCGGGGAAAUAAAAUCUCGGGAAACAUUCCUUCGGAGAUUGGAAAACUGAAUAAACUGAAGCAUUUGGAUCUCAGCGACAAUGAAUUCUCGGGGCAAAUACCGGAAUCUUUUGCGAAUUUAAGGAUGUUAAUCAAAUUGUACUUGAACAACAAUAAUUUCCGAGGCUUGAUACCAUCGUCUCUGAAAGAUUGCCAAAAUCUACUUCUCUUGAACCUUUCGAGCAACAACCUUAGCGGUUACAUACCCCCAGAGAUUAUGGGCCUCUCAUCUUUGUCGAUGUCCCUUGACUUGUCUCGAAAUAAUCUUACCGGCUCCCUUCCAGAAGAAGUUGGAAAAUUGCAACAUCUCAGCGAACUACAUCUUGACGGGAACAGAUUAUCUCAACAAAUUCCAAGUAGUAUAGGCAGUUGUAUAAGCAUGGAACUCAUAUAUGUACAAGAUAACUUCUUUGAAGGGCCCCUACCAUCAAUUAUGAGUUCCAUGAGAGGCCUUGAGGUUUUGAAUGUUUCCAACAACCAAUUGUCUGGCCAAAUCCCAAAAUUUCUAGAGUCGCUAAAUCUAACGAAUUUAAGCCUAUCUUACAAUGAUUUCGAGGGUGCAUUGCCUACAGGAGGAGUUUUUAGAAGUGCCAUUUCAACUUCGGUUGUUGGAAAUAAGAAGCUUUGUGGGGGUCUCCCAGAUUUUCAACUACCGAAAUGCUACUACAAUGAGUCAAAACGGAUGAGAAUAAGUGGAAUUGCAAAAAUUCUUAUAUCUACAGUCUCCGCUCUUGUUGGAGUAGCUUGCAUACUGUCUUUGUUAUACUUCUUUUGGUUUAGACACAAGAACAACACAUCAGCUUCAAGCUCUUUCGAAGAUGGAUUUUUGCAUGUUUCUUAUCACAAUCUCCUAAAAGCGACAGGUGGAUUCUCCUCCACCAAUCUGCUUGGCGUGGGCAAUUUUGGGUCCGUGUAUAGAGGGUUGCUUGAUCAAACUCAGUCGGUUGUGGCCAUCAAGAUUCUCGACCUUACAUGUGAGGGAGCUCCCAAGAGCUUCAUAGCCGAGUGCGAGGUCUUGAGAAGAAUCCGACACCGUAAUCUUGUGAAGGUACUCACGGCAUGUUCUGGGUUUGAUUUUAAUGGAAAUGAUUUCAAGGCACUGGUCUAUGAAUUCAUGUCAAACGGAAACUUGGAUGAGUGGCUGCACCCAACUGCAUCACAAUAUAUGGAGAGAAACAGGUUGAGUCUACUUGAGAGAGUGAAUAUUGCAAUUGAUGUUGCUUGUGCACUAGAUUAUCUCCAUCAUCACUAUGAAAUGCCAAUAGUUCAUUGUGAUCUAAAGCCAAGUAAUGUCCUUCUUGACGAUGAAAUGAAUGGACACGUAGGCGAUUUUGGGCUUGCCAGGUUCCUUCCAGAAGCAACACAUAAGUUGCUAGUAGAUCAAUCGAGCUCUGUCGGAGUAAAAGGAUCUUUUGGCUACGUAGCUCCAGAGUAUGGCACGGGAAGUGCAGUAUCUACACAAGGAGAUGUGUAUAGUUUCGGAGUCCUCGUUUUGGAGAUGUUCACAGGCAAGAGGCCGAUUAAUGACAUGUUUGAAGAUGGGUUGGACCUUCAUCGCUUCACAAAGGCAGCUUUGGCAGACCGAGUGGAGAAGGCAAUUGAUCCCAUUUUGCUUCAGGAAAUCGAGGAGUUGGAGAAGAGACGAACAAUUGCUCCAGAGGGCAAGAACAAGAGCUGGUGUAGUAUCAAGGAUUGCUUGGUUUUGAUGAUCGAAGUAGGAAUCACUUGCUCUUUUGAGUCUUCGAAGGAGCGAAUGGACAUCUAUGAUGCAUUGACUAAACUCCAAGGAAUGAGGAAGAAACUUCUUGAGUUCAUUGUCACUGUCUAGUUGAUGUCAAAUUUGAACUUCAUAUGGAGUCAUGUGGUCUUCAUGGUCCUUGCUCUUUGGUUUUUCUUCCUUUGUAAUUCAACCAUUCUCUAGAUGUUACCUUUUGUCUUUCAACAACAAUUUAGUCUUCAUGGUGGGUAUGCACUACUUGUACCUAUAAUUUUAGUAAAUGUUAAUUUUGUUGUGU